AUGUUUGUCAGGUCCGGUUCAAAAUUUGAAAUCAGAUCAAAGAAUAUUGCAUUAAUCAAGCUUAGAGGCUCUGCAGAAAUGGGAGAUUCACUGAAGGGUGGCCCUCACUAUACAGGAAUGAUGAUAGGAGGAAGGCAUGUUGGGAUUGAACAUUCUUUGGAUUUGGGCGAUUUAUCGCAAGUAUAUCGUUGCCUAUUUUAUUCAACGCAUCCAGGGUCUUGUAAUCCUUCAGGAACAGUAAUAAAUCCCUGCCAUUUUUGUAGAACCGAGGUAGUUUAUGCAGUCGCUUCCGCAAAAUGUCCAGGAGAUGAAUCAUUUCCCCCAAGUUUGGCUCCUUUGUAUAUGUGGGUUUUAAAGCCAUAUCACAUUAGAAAAAGAUUUGGGCAUCAGUAUCUAUGUGCAGUGGAACCAAAUCCUGCAGCUAAAUACGCAUCACGUCCUUCAAAUGAGUCACCACUUUCGUCAAAUGAAAAUUCAUAUCCACUACCACCAGAAAUUCCAUUUUCGACAUCAAAUAAUCAUAAUGAAUCUUUAAGCGAGAGUACGUUGAUGGUUAUAAUAGGAUCCGGUGUCCUGCUUACUGUGUUACUCUGUGGAGUAGGGUUGUACAUGGUUUAA